AUGCCCGCUACGUCCGACGCCGGCUCGGACCCCGAGGCCGCGCGGCCGCCCGCGACGUCCGCCCGCGCCUGCCACCCGCUGCCCUGGGCCCUGAGCGCCGCGCUGCUGCUGCUCGCCGCCGCCUGCGCCUACUGCGCGCUCCGCGCCUGGGCCCCCGGCGCGCCCGGCCCUGGCCCCCCGCCCGACGCCCAGCCCCCCGCCAGCCUGGAGCUCCCGCCCGACGCCGGCGCUCGCCUCCCGGCCGCCUCGCAGGGAGUGUUCGCGCAGCUGGUGGCCCGGGAGGUACUGCUGACCGAGGGGCUCCUGAGCUGGCACAGUGACCCGGGCCUGACAGGCGUGUCCCUGGCGCCGGGCCUGAGCUACGACAAACACACGCAGCAGCUGCUGGUGUCCGAGCCUGGCAUCUACUAUGUCUUCUUGCGCCUGGGACUGCGGCGUGUGGUGGCCGGUUCCGGCUCUGCCUCCGGCUCUGUCUCGGUCACCCUGCACCUGCAGCCGCCAAACUCCGGGACCGCUGCCCUGGCUGUGACCUUGGACCUACCACCUCCAUCCUCGGAGGCCCUGGACUCUGCUGCCGGUUUCCAGGGUGGCCUGCUGUACCUGGGUGCAGGCCAGCGCCUGAGCGUCCACCUGAGCACCGGGCCUGGGACGCACUCUGCCUGGCAGCUGGCACAGGGCGCCACAGUGCUAGGCCUCUUCCGAGUGGGAAGUCCUCACUGAAUGCCCGUCCCCCCAGUGACAGACUGAAUCUUGCCUUCCUUGGUUGGGGCCCCUUUGAUGGCUCCCUCUCUUCUACCUCACCUGGCUGGGCAAGGGGUCCCCGCUGCUGACUCCCUCCUGGAAGACUCUCCAGUUACUCUUUCACUCCUGCCUCAAGCCGAACUCUUGGUAUUUAUUCUGAGCCUGAGCUCAAAAGUGUAGUUUAUAUUAAUCAAGUCAGUUUAUAUUUAUUGAGCAUCUGCUACAUGCUAGGCACUGUGCAGGGCUAGACAAACAUCAGCAAACCAAACAGACCCCCCGCUCCCAAAUCCUUAUUUAUAUUAAUAUAUGAAAUAAAGACUCACCCCCAGCCCCCUUGUGCUAUUCAUGGGGCUAG